AUGCUCUCUGGAUGGAGUACUAAGGGGAAAUAUGCUUGUCCGUGCUGUGGACCUGACCCAUGUUCAAAACGAUUGAAAAAUGGAGGUAAGUGGUGUUACAUUUACCACCGACGUUUCUUGCCUCCUGGCCACAACUGGCGCAACUUGAAGGAAGCUUUUAAUGGAAAAAAAGAGAAACGGGGUGUACCUAGGCAAAUGACGGGGGAUGAGAUAGCUCAACAGUUGGCUCAGUUCGAACAAGUUGAGUUUGGUGCUAAUGCUAAACAAGCAAAGCUUGGUGGUCCGGCUCAGUAUCGUUGGAUGUACCCAAUUGAGAGGUAUUUGCGUACGUUAAAGGCUUAUGUACGGAAUAAAGCUUGUUCCGCAGGCUGUAUGGCAGAAGGUCAACUGAUGGAUGAAAGUCUGAUUCUUAUUUCACGGCAUUUUGAAAGCGUGGAAAUGAGAUUCAAUCAACUGGACCGAAACGAAGACGGUAGCCAAGAAUCUACCGAAGAGCUGUCUGUUUUCAAACAAAGUGGUCGUCCCAUUGGAAGUAGAAAUGGGCGUUAUAUAAAUGAGGCAGAGUUGACCCAAAUUCAACUCUAUGUCCUCCAAAAUUGCGAUGAAGUGCGGCAGUACGAGGAGGAGCACGAAGCAACACUAGCUGGCGAGAGAAACGCUGCUAAAAGACACACCAAAGAAUUUCCUAAGUGGUUUAGACGUAAAAUAUACGAAUUGAAAAAAAACAACAACUGUCAGGUUAGUAAAGAAUUAUUAUCGUUGGCCGGAGGUCCUUGUCGGGAAGCUGUGUCUUUCAACGGCUACAUCAUCAAUGGAUAUAGAUUUCAUACAUUUAAGUGGGAGCGGCGAAGAAAUACACAAAAUAGUGGAGUAUGUGUUGACAGUGGAGCUGAAGAUGCUGAUUUUUAUGGAAGGGUGACUGAAAUUAUCGAGGUGCAGUAUGCCUAUGGAUAUCGGGUUCUUCUUUUCAAGUGCGAGUGGCGGGAUAUAAUUAGGUUAGGAUGCAGACAGGAUCAGUAUGGGUUUACUUGUGUUAAUGUUAAUAGAAGUUCUUGGGAAGAUGAACCAUUCAUGACACCGAGCACAACAGGUUUUCUAUUUGAAGGAUGA